UUCUAGAAAAAUUAAUAUAUCUCGUUAUAUUCCUAUGCCUGCCAGACGCAGACUUGCUGAAUCGCAAGGCUCUCCGAGUACAAAUGUACAAGACAGCACUUACGCUACCCCUCGCAGCACAAGAAGUAAAAGUAAUUCACGAAAAAAUGGCAUCAAUAAUAAUGAUAAUGGUGGAGUUCCUUACAUUAGCUCCCCAAAAUAUACGGCGUAUCUAAGAGAACGUAAUUUGGAUUUUUCGAGAGAAGAAGCUUUUCUUCGAGCGAUGCAAGAAUCCGAUUUUUGGUCAGGUCCAUUAACGCCACCUGUCGAGUCAUCAUAUCCGUCUUACUACCCAGACGAAGAAGGCGACACCUCUUUACCUGAAUCGAUUUUACCCGAAACUGAUAGCAAUGUAAUUAAUACUCGUGAAAUCAGUAAUACAAAUGGCAAUGGGCCUAUUGUCAGUAUACGUUGGAAUCCGUUAAAGCCUGUGAUAAACUUUUUAGUUGGUUCACUGGCAUUCUUGCUCAAUGCUGUUGGAUCAACAUUCUUUUAUUUAUACUGGGUCUUUAGAGAAACACCAAAGUUUAUUUGGAAAAACUUAACUGAAGAUAAAAACGGACCUUUCAUAGAAACAAUAGUUGGAGUGGAUCGCAGUGUACCAUCUACAACGCCUAAUUAUGUUUUUAUCGCUAUUACUAACAUUCGUCGAAACAAUAAGUUAUUCUGGCUGUUUUUAAUUCCCUUGAUAGCGUUGUUAUUGAUUAUUUUCAUUAGCCUUGUUGACGAUAAGAGCAUUUUUGAUUAUUUCCCUCGGCAUCGCUCAGCCGAUAAAUUUUGGUUUUGGCCUUUAGAUAAUUCGACAUAUACAGUACAACCAAUUGGAGAAGGAAGUAAUGAAAAUGAUAUUGCAACUAAUGGGAACAAGGGGGCUAAUGGAAGGGCAGUAUUUACAAUGGAUGAUCUUAGGAAAUUAAUUGCCGCUGAAGUCGAGAGCUCGUGUAAAAACAAAAAUCCGACUAUUCCGCCUAGCAAUGAUCGUAUCCGAUCAUUAAUUAAUACUGAGGUAAAAACUUUAUGUUCAUCCGAAGUUAGAAAAGAAAUGGCGUCAUAUAGGACAGGUCGUGUCCCAUUAAGAGGAGAAGAAAUGAUGGAAAUAAUACGUAAGGAAGCACGAAAGGUCGUUUCGGAGGAACUUUUAGUGUUUUCACAAGAUAAACUAAAUAGGCCGGAUUUUGCUUUAUAUUCUGGAGGGGCAAAAGUAAUCAGUCGUUUUACAAGCAAGACCUACGAACUAUGGCCAGAUAAAUGGUAUCAACGAAUGUUUGCUCAAUUUUCAGGUCAAGGUAUUUUACGUGGAAAACCACCAGUCACAGCUAUAUCACCAGAUACACAUGUUGGUCAAUGUUGGCCUUUUCCGGGUCAAGAAGGUCAGUUAGCGAUUUUACUGAAUCGACGGGUACGCGUUACUGCAGUAACUUAUGAUCAUGUUAGCAAAGAUGUCGCUGUGGACGUAUUAAGCGCGCCUAAAGACUUUGAAGUUUGGGGAAUCAUUGAUGAGGGUACCGGUGGAAGGACCAAACAACCGGACAAUAACGAAUAUGAUGAAGAUUUAUUAGAAUCAACCGUAGAAGAAUGCGGUGUUCGUGAGGAUGGAGAAUUAAAUGUUCCAAUCAAGGCGCGUCCUAAAGCGUUAGAUCCUGACCCUUCAACUGAAAAUUUCACCUCUGGUGAACUUAAGCUUGGUUCAUCACCACUCCAUUACUUUUUGGGAAAAUAUACUUAUGAUAUUAACGGAUUGCCUGUGCAAACUUUCGAAGUAAGCGAGCAAAUUCUUAAAUCAAAUAAACCCGUAAGGGCAAUUAUUAUGAGAGUACGCUCUAAUUGGGGAAAACCAUCGUAUACGUGUCUGUAUCGGUUCCGUGUGCAUGGUGACCCGGUAGAUAAAUUGGAUAAUUAA